AUGUCCAACGAUAAACCUACAGAACCUACAGAGGACACCCAACCUGAUCAGAACGAUGUCCUCCGACGCCCAUCUCUUGUGUCGUCACGAACCCUCUCCGACUCCGGGCGGCGGAUCUCCUCCCAGCAUGUACGCUUCUCAACCGAUCUCGAUCGCGAGUCGGCCGAGGAACAACAGCAGACAAAUUGGGACCGCGGCCUGACCAUCGACACGGCGCUGGCGCCUCCAUCUGUUCGACCCGCUCCCUCACCCACCUCUCCGCUCUCACCUCCCAAUGCGACACAAAAUGCGACCCUCUCCCCAGUUCCCCCGCCGAGUCCUGAGUCCGCCGGUCGGUCUCGGUCGCGAAAUCGUGGAUACUCGCUCCGUCGCAGCAUAUUUAAUAAGACCAUCAACUCGACGGAGAAGGAUGAUCUCGCCCUGGCUGAGCUGGGUGAGGUCAAGGAGGCCUCGUCUGAUGUGACUCUCGCCCAGGCCCCGGCUGCUGAGACGCUCACUGCUGCCGAUGAGAAGCAUGCUCUGAGUGUUGCGCCGACUGCGACACUCGACUCAACCCAUAAGGACGAUGCUUCCCCUUAUGUCUCCUCUGAUCCUUCGGAAAAGGGUCUCAAAGAACAGUUCUCCGUGUCUGUGGCCCAGGAGAAGUGGCUCCAGAAAAAGGCGACUACUGCAGUGGCUGUCGCACGUUUCCAGGCUGUUAUGACGUCUAUCCAGAAGUUUAUUCUGCGCAUCCAAGAUAUUCCUCCUACUAAGGAUGGGCGCCAUAUUGACUUGAAUCCGUCUAUGGUAGGUUCUAUGAUUGAUGAGCGCACCCAGAAACCUUAUAUCGGUAACUUCAUUCGUUCGAGUCGUUACAGUCUCUGGAGUUUCUUCCCCCGCCAAUUCUUCGCCCAAUUCACCAAAGUCGCCAACUUCUACUUCUUGAUUGUCGCCAUCCUGCAGAUGAUCCCUGGCUUGAGUACAACUGGAACAUAUACAACCAUUGUUCCGCUUCUGAUCUUCGUUGGUAUCUCAAUGGGCAAGGAAGGAUUUGAUGAUUGGCGCCGGUAUCGCUUGGACAAGGAAGAGAACAAUCGGGAUACUUGGGUGCUCCGCCCAGGUCACGGCACCAUCCAGGACGGCGCCUCCAUGAUAAGCAACGCUCAAGAUUGGGAGCGGAUCAAGUGUGAGGAAAUUCGUGUUGGGGAUGUUAUUAAACUUGUGCGCGACCAACCGAUUCCCGCUGAUAUCGCUCUCCUCCACGCCAGCGGACCCAACGGCGUCGCUUACAUUGAGACCAUGGCUCUCGACGGUGAGACAAAUUUGAAAAAUAAGCAGCCUUGCCAGCCUGUAUCCAAGGUGUGCUCGACUGUGGAGGACAUCAACAGCAAUUCCUUGCACUUUGUCCUUGAGGACCCCAACUUGGAUCUAUACAAGUUCGACGGUCACGUCACCGUCAAUGGCCAAGAGAAACUGCCCUUGACCAACAAUGAGAUCGUUUACCGUGGCAGCAUCCUUCGCAACACUGACCGCGCUCUGGGUAUGGUGAUCUAUACUGGCGAGGAGUGCAAGAUCCGCAUGAACGCCAACAAGAACCCGCGAAUCAAGAGGCCCGCUCUCCAGGACAAGGUCAACCGCGUGGUCAUGUUGAUCGUGGUAUUGGUCGUUAUCCUGGCUGUUAUCUGCACUGUGGCCUACAAGUUCUGGUCCCAGGACGUGGAGCAACAUUCUUGGUAUCUUGACAAUGCUAGUGUCUCCUACGGCCCAAUCUUCACUUCGUUCCUGAUCAUGUUCAACACCAUGAUUCCCAUCUCCCUCUACGUGAGUAUGGAAAUCGUCAAAGUUGCCCAGAUGCUGCUCUUGAAUGAUAUCGACAUGUACGAUCCGGAAACCGACACCCCGCUCGAGGCGCGCACAUCCACCAUCAACGAGGAGCUCGGUCAAGUCAGCUACAUCUUCUCCGACAAGACUGGUACCCUGACAAAUAACUCCAUGCGCUUCCGCAAGAUGAGUGUGGCUGGAACCGCGUGGUUGCACGACGCCGACCUCCAGGAGGAGGCUGCUCGUGCAGGCGAUCACACCAAGUUGAUUCACAAGAAGCGGAGCACAAAGGGGAAAAAGGCAAUGGGCCGCAAGUCCAAUGUUUCCGAGGCUCAGAUGCCCCGUCCGUCGAAUGUUUCUGGCCCUCUUGAUCCUCUCCGUCAGUUUGGCCGCUCGGCUACUACAUACCGCACUGAAGAGAUGCUCGAAUAUAUCCAGCGCAAGCCAUAUACCAUCUUUGCCCGAAAGGCGAAAUUGUUCAUUCUGUCCAUGGCCUUGUGUCACACUUGCAUUCCCGAAAAAGACGCGAACGGAAACACCACCUUCCAGGCUUCCUCCCCGGAUGAGCUAGCUCUUGUUCUUGCAGCCCAGGAACUCGGAUAUCUCGUCGUGGAUCGCCAAUCAAACACGUUGACCAUCCGCACACAACCAAACGGACCAGACGAAGCCACCAGCGACGAAGUCUACGAGGUCAUGGACGUUAUCGAGUUCUCAAGCGCGCGAAAGCGCAUGUCAGUCGUUGUUCGCAUGCCUGACCAGCGAAUUUGCCUAUUCUGCAAGGGUGCCGAUACCACGCUGAUGCGUCUCCUGAAGCAAGCCGAUUUGGCACACGAGAAGGCGACUGAGAUCGAGCGCCGUGCAAGCCGACGCAAGAAUGCCGAGGUGAACCAGGCCAUCCGACGUAAUAGUGAGCACCACAGCCGGAAGAACAGUGGCGUUCGGAGCAGUAUGACCCGACCUAGUUUCAACCGUCGGCGUUCGUCGAUCACUGGCCAACAGGGUUCGGCUCUUCGAGCCAGUAUCGAUGUUUGGCUGCGCGACCGGGAGACCGAUGGUGGUAUGCGGAACAAAGAGGCUGAUAGUGAGUACUACAGCCCUCGGCCUUCGGCGCAGAUGGGCAGACCCUCGGCUGCGAUCUCGGACUCUGGCAGCUCUACGAAUGGCGAAGACGAUGAGGAUCUUGUGGAGGAGGCACUGGUUGUCAACGAGGCGGCUAUUUUCGAGCGCUGCUUCCAGCAUCUGAAUGACUUUGCCACUGAUGGCCUGCGGACUUUGUUGUAUGGCCACAGGUUCUUGGAUGAAGCGACCUACACGAACUGGAAAACUGCCUACAACGAGGCUUGCACUAGCCUCGUUGAUCGACAGCAGAAGAUUGAAGAUGCUGGCGAGCAGAUUGAGCAGCAGCUUGAGCUUACUGGCGCCACUGCUAUUGAGGAUAAGCUGCAAAAGGGCGUGCCGGAGGCUAUUGACAAACUGCGACGAGCCAAUAUCAAGAUGUGGAUGUUGACUGGUGAUAAGCGGGAGACUGCUAUCAAUGUCGGCCACUCGUGCCGCCUUGUCAAGGAGUACUCGACACUGACUAUUUUGGAUCACGAGAAUGGCGACGUUGAGCAAACGAUCACGCAUCUUAUCGGGGAGAUUACCGGUGGCCGUGUGGCACAUUCUGUGGUUGUGGUUGAUGGCCAGACGCUGUCGUUGAUCGAAGCGAAUGAUGUCGUACGUGAACAGUUCUUCCAACUGGCCGUCAAGGCAGACUCCGUCAUCUGUUGCCGAGCGAGCCCGAAGCAAAAGGCCUUCUUGGUGAGAUCAAUUCGCAAACAGCUCACCGACGCAAUCACGCUUGCCAUCGGAGAUGGCGCCAACGAUAUCGCCAUGAUCCAGGAGGCCCAUGUGGGUAUCGGAAUCACUGGAAAGGAGGGAUUGCAGGCAGCUCGUAUCUCGGACUACUCGAUUGCGCAGUUCCGCUUCCUUCUCAAGCUGCUUCUGGUGCAUGGCCGGUGGAACUACAUGCGUGCUUGCAAGUAUACACUCGGCACGUUCUGGAAGGAAAUGUUGUUCUAUCUGACUCAAGCGCUGUACCAGCGCUUCAACGGCUACACUGGCACCAGUUUAUACGAGCCGUGGAGUCUGAGUAUGUUCAACACGCUUUUCACCUCGCUCGCUGUCAUCUUCCUGGGUAUCUUCACCAAAGACCUCUCAGCAUCAACACUGCUAGCCGUGCCGGAGCUCUACACCAAGGGUCAAAACCACGGCGGCUUCAAUAUCCGGCUCUACCUAGGCUGGUCAUUCAUGGCGACCUGCGAAGCAGUGAUAAUCUUCUUUACGAUGUGGAGUCUCUUCGGCCUUGCGAAAGUCAAUCCCAGCGAUAACGACAUCUUCUCUAUGGGUCUACUCACCUUCUCCGCGUGCAUCAUCGUCAUCAACGUGAAACUCCAAGCCCUGGAAGUCCAUAACAAAACCUACAUGUCGCUAAUCGUAAUCAUAAUCUCUGUCGGCGGCUGGUUCAUGUGGGAUCUAAUCCUCGACCGCCAAUACACAAUGGCCUCCGGCAAAGGCAUCUACUUCGUUCCCUCCAACUUCAUCCACCAGUCCGGCCACAACCUCCUCUUCUGGACCGUCCUCCUCCUCUCCGUCUCAGGAGUCCUGCUCUUCGAAUUCACAGUCUCAACUCUCCGCGCCCUCUUCUUCCCAACAGACGUCGACCUCUUCCAAGAAUACGAACAAGACCUCGACAUCCGCAAGCGCUUCGAAGAAGCAGCAGCCUCAGAACUCCAGCAGGGCUGGGACCACGGUACCAAGAGAUCAAGCUUCGAGAUCGCCCGCGAUAACGCCGAGAAGGCUGAGAUGGACGCUCGCGAACGCCACGUCCGCGAGCUGCUCGCCCGCCCCCGCGUCAUGGAUACUAAGGAACUCGAGCUCGAAAGCGCCAGCGCGACGGUUAGUCAUAACAGCAGCGUGCCGAGUCGCAAUGCUGAGACGGACCGUGGUCGCCAGUCUGGCCUCCUCUGUCCGGAAGACGCUAAUGUGCGUCGGCGCUCCGUUGAGAUCCAGGAGCUCUUUACUAAGGGCUAUGGUGCUGUGCGCAAGGGCCAGCUCAAAUGA